AUGGACGGCGACGACGCGUUGCCCGACGGCGCGUCCCUCCGAGACCGCCCGACCGCGUACGCUGCCGUCGUCGUCAUCGCGUGCGACCGCGUGAAGUACCUGACGCGCACGGUGGAGUCGAUCGCGCGCGCGGUCGCGUCGAGCCCGGACCCGAAGAAGACGAGGGAGGAGUUCCCGCUGUUCAUAUCCCAGGACGGCGACGACGCGCGGACGACGACGUACGCGCGGACGUUGGAGGGGAAAUUUUACCACGUGAGACACCGACAGGAACGUCUUCCGAAGCUGCGCGACGGCGACAGCGCGCGCCAUCGCGCGUACUACAGGAUAUCGGCGCACUAUAAGCACGCGCUCGGGAGGCUGUUCGACGAUCUCGGGUACGAGCGGGUCGUGAUACUCGAGGACGACAUGGACCUGGCGCCGGAUUUUUUCGCGUAUUUUCGCAGACUGGGCGACGUGUUAGAGCGCGACCCGUCCGUGUACGCGAUAUCGUCCUGGAACGAUAACGGUCAAAAGAGCCUCGUGAAGGACGAGAGGAGGCUCUACAGGAGCGACUUCUUCCCCGGUUUAGGGUGGAUGAUGCACGCGCGCUUGUGGAAGGAGCUGCGGCCGAAGUGGCCGGACGCGUACUGGGACGACUGGAUGCGUCAGAGCGCCGUGCGUUUGGGCCGCGAGACGAUUCGACCGGAGGUGUGCCGAACGUUCAACUUUGGCGAGAAGGGCGCGAGCGAGGGGCAGUGGUACAAGACCCACCUCGCGAACGUGAAGCUCGCGAGCGAGAAGGUCGAUUGGGGGAACGAAGACUUGAGUUACCUCGACGCGGACGCGUACGAACGCGCCGUCGCGGAGGCGGUGGACGCGGCGACGCCGGCGCGGGACCCGUCGCAGAUCACGCGCGCGGAGAUCACCAACCCGAAGGGCGUGUUCAAAGUGCUGUAUAAGGACGAGGCCGAGUUCCGCAGACUCGCGGCGAAGUUCCACGUGUUCCCGGAGUGGAAGGACGGCGUCCCGAGAGGCGGGUACCGAGGCGUCGUGCACCUCAAGAUGAACGACGGUCGGCACGAGGUCAUGCUGGUUCCGAGAGACGCCGCGAAGGUGACGAAGACGUUCGCGGAGUACCUAGCGAGCGUCGACGGCGGAAAGGCGGAGGUAUUAGGGUUGUAG